CUGCAAGUUUAUUGGUUGCCUGUGCAAGCGGGAGGGCUCGUAUAAUCCACGUGACUCUGGGACUGGAGACAGUAAGCUGCUUCCACUCGGCUGAGGAUGUGGAUGUGGGGAGCGGCGCUGAGGAGGAGCGGGCUGCGCUCAUUGGUCGAGCGAGUGACUGUGCUGAAAGGAGGGUCUUGUCCUGUACCCGCUCACACCCCUGUACCCACACGGACACUGGUGAUUCAGAGAUGGAUGUGCAGCAAAGCCCAAGAGACCAAGGCCAAAGAGCCGGGGGUCACCUUCAAGGUACCGGGACACAGACCCACAGACUUUGAAAAGAAGAUUCUGGUUUGGGGCGGGCGCUUUAAAAAACAAGAGGACAUACCUGAGCUUGUCACGUACGACAUGGUGGAGAUGGCAAAGAGCAGAGUGCGGGUCAAGGUCUCCUACAUCAUGAUCAUAAUGACUAUACUGGGCUGUAUCACUAUGGUGGUCUCUGGGAAGCAGGCGGCCGCCAGGCACGAGUCCUUGGCCAGCCGGAACCUGGAGAAGAAGGCGAGGCUGAAGGAUGAGCUGCAGAAAGAGAUCAGCAAAUCAGAGUGAAAUGAGGGUCCGGAACCCACACACAAUGCCCCCCACCUGUACCCCAUCUGUUUGUAGAGUUUUUAGCUAGUGGAUGCCACUGACAUCACAGUUUAUAUACUAUAUAUAUAUAUAUCUCCACCUGAUCAUGUGACUGCCCCCCCCAGUCACUGGUCCCUAAUUGUGUUAUUGCAGCAACAUGUGGGUCGAGACAUUUCUAGGGACAUGAAUAGUUUUUUGGGUUCUCUAAAUAAGUUACUGAUCCAUGUGAGUCUAAUUGUUCUGCUGGUGAAUUAGAAACAUUCUCCGAAUUAAUCUGUAAGAAGUCAGUACAGGAAGUCAGUGUUGUGCAAAAUCCAUAAACUCCAUUGUUCCCUCACUUGCUGUCAGUCCAAUGGAAGCUGCGCCCACUAGUUCUACAUAAAGGUUCUGGGCUCACAAGUCUUUCCCAAUCACGGCUACACACUCACACUCAGGGCCGCCAUCAGGGGGGACCAGUGGCCGGGUAUGAUGAGGGGCCCGGCAGUGCGGCACUUUUGAAAGAGCUGGGCCCCCCUUGCGAGCGUUGAAGAUGUGCAGCCACCUGAACCUGAAGUGUUGAACAGCCGAAGUCCCAAAAACAGCCGACAUUGAAGUCCUGAAGCCCCGAGUUCUACUGACACCAAUUUGUGUUUACUUUAUUUAAUCCCAUGGCCACCAAUGGAUUAUUUUAAUAUUCUAUAGGCCCCUUCCACCAGUCUUUUUUAAAAAAUGUAUUUUGGGGCCCGAAUUUUU